GUGACCUCGAGACUUUCGGAUGUCGACCUCGUUUGUUGGCGAUCGGCCUCCACACGUUCCACUUGGGCCGCGCUCUGGAUCCACCACAUCGAGUUCAAAUCCCGCGUCGCCAACACCCCUUCCCCAACAAUUCUAUCCACCACUACCGCCGACCGCUUCUGUCCCACCUCUAAUUUCCCUCGAGUUGCGAAUUCGAUGGCUUGAAGCAUUGAUAUCUGGUCUAGAUACUAGAAAUAAUCACCGAGGCCGCACACAAACGAAGGGGAAGGAUAUAAAAGGGCUUCUCCACAUGACCCAAGAUGUUCAAAGGGAGCUGGAGGAAAUUCUUGAGGCGAAUGAUUCACUUCGACGGUUCAUGAAUACUUAUGAAGAAUACGAGCAGAUCUUAGCCCCAAUGUUCGCAUCCUCUCCGCUGGGGCCAGCCAACGCACCUUCAUUUGAUGAAUUAUCACCGGUCGAAUUCGAAGUCCUUCUCAAAGAGCUCGAGCCUGACAUCCGUUCAGCGGAUCAGGAUCUACGGGAAAUACAAGCACUUGAUAAACGUGGCGUCGCUGGGACGGGAAAGCUCCUUGAACACGAAGAACUAAAGCCUCGACUGGCAGCUCUCAUUAGGAACCAGGUAGAGAUUGACGAGCGACGCAAAGUUCUCGACGCACGUCUCUCUAGCCUGAUGCAGCGUUACACAACACAUGUGAACGCACUAUCUGAACUAUUCGUAAUUUGGAAUGACUUGAUUCGAGAUGCUGAGGAACACAGUGUUUUUCUGCUGAAACGUCGCAGUGAAAAAGAAAAGCUUGGCUUCGUCUAGUGGCAGAACUCCAAACCCAUCUGUCCAGUCAAUCGAUCAACAACCGUGUGUCAUAUCCAGGGGUUGGUCAUCCUCAGUCCAAUAGGCCGUUUGCGUGUUAACCAAUUGCACCGACAGAGAUAUAAAUAUCAUGUUGGUGGGAUUGCACAUCCUGAUUCCUUAUCUAUGGUCCA